CGCCGCUCUGCUCUGUUCACGUCAUCAGCUGAGCAGACAACAACAACAACGCAACCUACUUUCGUCGUCAGAUGUAUUUCUGUUUCCUGCAUUUUAUUUCGGUUUAAAUGCAGAAAUAUUUAUAAACCAAGCAGACAAACUGCAAUAGUGGCCUCACACCCGAAACACGUGCAAGUGCCAGAAAAGUGGCGUCUCAGUGAAGCAACAGGCUGUCUCUGACUCUUGGGGAGAGGCGGACGGAGGUGUGUGACGUGCAUUGACAUUGAAUCACAUUCGGUUCGCGGUUUCUCUGCCAAGUGCCAAGCACAGAGAGAAAGCAAAAAUAAACGAGGAAGCGUUGGUGGCUACGCCAGCAGCACUACCAACCUCACCUAUACUAUAGCACCAGUAUCAGCUGGUCUCUGUGCGUAAGGAAAAUUUAUUAUUAAUUGUGCCACCGGGCAGCAGUACGCGGCGCGUGUUCCACAACAUUCCCAGCAGGGCUCUCAGUGCAACAGCAGCAACGAGGGCAGCAGCAGCACAGCUAAAACUUGCGAGCAGCCACAACUGGAAAUUGGAAUCGACAGAGAACUGCGAGCCCCAGAGACAGGCAGAGACACAGCCAGAGCCCCAGCCCCAGCGCCAGCACUGCAUUUAAUCAAAACAUUUCGUGUUGUGUAAUCGCCCGGCAGCAGCGAAAAAAAAACAGCAGACAUGAGCAAAGACGCCAUAAAAGCCGAGGAGGUGCUGGUCAAGGCACCAAGCGCCCCCAAUUAUAUCAAAUUUCUGUUCGGAGGUCUCUCCGGCAUGGGAGCCACCAUGGUUGUCCAGCCCCUGGACUUGGUGAAGACACGGAUGCAGAUUUCUGGGGCCGGAAGCGGCAAGAAGGAGUUCCGCAACUCCUUCCACUGCAUCCAGCAGAUAGUCGCCCGGGAGGGGCCCCUGUCUCUCUACCAGGGCAUUGGUGCUGCCUUGUUGCGUCAGGCCACCUACACCACCGGCCGCCUGGGCAUGUACACCUAUCUGAACGACUUGUACAAGGAGCGCUUCGACAGGAACCCCAAUAUAGUGGACAGCAUGGCCAUGGGAACCAUUGCUGGAGCCUGUGGCGCCUUCAUCGGCACCCCGGCCGAGGUGGCUCUGGUGCGUAUGACCUCCGACGGACGCCUGCCGGUUGCGGAGCGACGCAACUACACGAAUGUGGCCAAUGCGCUGACGAGGAUUACCCGCGAGGAGGGUCUGGCGGCGCUCUGGCGUGGCAGUCUGCCAACUGUGGGAAGGGCCAUGGUCGUGAACAUGACCCAGCUGGCCAGUUACUCGCAGUUCAAGACGUACUUCCACGACGGACCGCUGCAGAUGAAUGAGGGCAUCAAGCUACACUUCUGCGCCAGCAUGCUGAGCGGUCUGUUGACCACCAUGACAUCCAUGCCGUUGGAUAUUGCCAAGACGCGCAUUCAAAACAUGAAGAAAGUCGAGGGCAAGCCGGAGUACCGCGGCACUACAGACGUCCUGCUUCGUGUGGCUCGCCAGGAGGGAAUCUUUGCUUUGUGGAAGGGCUUCACACCCUACUACUGCCGCCUGGGACCGCACACGGUCCUGACCUUCAUCCUGUUGGAGCAAAUGAACCAGGGCUACAACAAAUAUAUUCUUGGUAAGGAGACGAGCACUGGAUUAUAGUGUGGCUCGAAAACUUUGUUAUAGCUGCAACUGUCCGGAUGAGCAGCCGCCCAGCUGGCAUCUGGUCGGCCGGUGAACCAGGAAAAGGAAUAUGUAGGAUGAUGUAGAAACGAACGAUGAGAUGAUCCCGAUAGAUGAAUGUGUGUGCGAGUGUGCAUGUGCGUGUAUAUAAAGUUAAGGUUAAACCAAUGUAGGGCAUUUAAAUGUCGGCAAUUCCGGUGACAAUAUUACAUGAUUACGUCUAUAUAGUAUAUAUCUCAAUGUUGAGACAGUUUUUUGCGUAGCUCCUUAAAUUGAAAGUGGAUUCUUAAUAAAGCACAAAUUGAUCAA